CACGCUAUUACCUUUUGUUUAUGGUCGGCUACUACUAAUUUUGUUUGAAUUCAAUAAAAUGAAAGUAGAAAAUCAACUAAAGUCCCGUAGGAUCGAUUACAAAUUAGAGGAAGACUACUUUUAUGGUGCAAGAUUUAUAUUUGAAUGUGGUUAUAAGUUGAAAGGCAAUCCCCUCACUUUGGCAACAGCAGCUACCAUCUACCAUAGGUUUUACAGGGAGGUAGAUUUUUCCCAUUAUGACAAGUAUCUUAUUGCGGCAACAGCUUUGUACGUCGCUGGAAAGAUGUCAGAUGACUAUAAGUUAAGAGAUGUAAUAAAUGUUGCCCAUUACACACUUCACAAAAGUAUUCUUGAUUUGAAGGAUGAAUAUUGGAUGAGACGUGAUGCACUUCUUCAAGCAGAGCUUCUUGUAAUGAGGGUCUUGAAAUUCAAAGUAGAUCCUCCUGAGUGUCAUAGGUAUUUACUACAUUAUCUUAAAUCACUUCAAGGCUGGUUGGAUCGAGACUCCUGGGAAAGAGUUCCUGUUGCUCAGAGUUCUCUUGCAUUUUUGCAAGACUUACAUCAUAGCCCUCAAAUUCUAGAUGCUACUCCUCAAGAUUUAGCUCUGGCAUGUUUAUACAUUACACUACAGUCUUAUGGCUUAGAAGUUGCACCCAAAGAAGAUUGGUUCACAGCAUUAUAUAAAGAUGCUAAUCUUGGAACAAUUAUUGAUACUCUAUUAGAACUUUAUAACAAAGUUGGAAAUUAACACUAUCAUAAUACAGUUUCUUCAAUCGUCUGUAAUAGUUAUUGAAUGAAAUCAAUAACUACUAUAGGUUCCAGAUGUAUGUAUAUUUUGUACUAUUCUUUCUUAAUGAUUAUAAAUAAAUUUUUUUUAUAAUCAUCUUUCGCUCAUUAAAAAAAAGAAGUACUUUACUACAUUUUUAUACUUCACUUCUUAGGUUAGAAAUAGAUUUUUUAUUAAAAUAUUUAAUUAUUGUUCUUUUUAUCAGUGCUAUUUAAGUUCAUUAUCAUUUACUGUGCAUGUUUAUAGUUUAGUUCCUUUAUUAUAAAUAUUCUGUUUGUCUUGAGAAACCUUAUAAAUACCACCAUAUAUUAUUAAGCUACAAAGAAAAAUAGUAUGUAUUAACAGUAAUUUAAUUAUAUAUUUGUUACUGUUAUUCCUGACUUAUUAAAAGAUUUUUUUUUAUACCUGUUACUAAAUGGUUUUAAACUUUUUUUUUUUUU